CACAUCUUCCGAAGGCGCGGGCCUGGAGGAGGCGCCCAGGACGGCGACGCCUCUCAAGGAAGUUGGUCCUUUAAUUACAGAGCCAGUUCCCUGUCACAUCCACCUUCAGCAGCAAGCAGCAAGCAGCAAGCGCAGUUGGUGUCAGUCCUCUGCCUCCGGUGCAGCACCGCGGCCAUGGGCGGCUCAGCCUCCAGCCAGCUGGACGAGGGCAAGUGCGCCUACAUCCGAGGGAAAACCGAGGCCUCUAUCAAAAACUUCAGCCCCUACUACAGCCGCCAAUAUUCUGUGGCUUUCUGCAAUCAUGUACGCAGCGAGGUGGAACAGCAAAGGGAUUUAACAUCACAAUUUCUGAAGACCAAGCCCCCUCUGGAACCAGGAACUGUUUUGUAUGAAGCUGAGCUCUCCCAGUUUGUUGAAGACAUCAGGAAAUGGAAGGACAGAUACAUUGUGGUUAAAAACGAUUUUGCUGUGGAAAGCUAUGAGAGCAAAGAGGCCUAUCAGAGAGGAGCUGUUCCUAAAAGCAGGAUUCUUCCAGCUGGUGGCAAGGUGUUAACCUCAGAAGAGGAAUAUAGUCUCUUAUCCGAUAAGCAUUUCCCAGACCCCACUGCUUCCAGUGAGAAGAACUCUCAGCCCUUCGUGGUCCUACCCAAGGCAUUCCCCGUGUACCUGUGGCAGCCUUACCUCAGGCAUGGAUACUUCUGUUUCCAUGAGGCCCCGGAACAGCAGAAGUUCAGCGCUCUUCUCAAUGACUGCAUCAGACACCUGAACCAUGAUUACAUGAAGCAGACAACAUUUGAGGCCCAGGCUUUUUUAGAAGCUGUGCAGUUCUUCCGGCAAGAGAAGGGUCAUUACGGCUCAUGGGAAGUGAUUACUGGGGAUGAAGUCCAGGUCCUGAGUAAGCUGGUGAUGGAGGAGCUCCUGCCAACCCUCCAGACUGACCUGCUGCCUAAACUGAAGGGGAAGAAGAAUGACAGAAAGAGGGCCUGGUUUGGACUCCUGGAGGAAGCUUACAAUCUGGUUCAGCACCAAGUUUCAGAAGGAUUAAGUGCCUUGAAGGAAGAGUGCAGGGCUCUGACAAAGGACCUGGAAGGGACCAUCCGCUCAGACAUGGAUCAGAUUGUGAACUCAAAGAACUUUCUAACUGGGAAGAUCCGAGCAAUGGUGGCUCAGCCAGCUGAGAAGAGCUGUGGGGAGAGUGUGCAGCCCUUCCUGGCAUCCAUUCUGGAGGAGCUAAUGGGGCCGGUGAGCUCGGGUUUCAGUGAAGUCCGUGCACUUUUCGAAAAAGAAGUAGAUGAACUCAGCCAGAGCUUUCGCGCCGCCCAGGACAGUGCCCAGCUGAAGGAGUGCCUAGAGCAGCUAAUGAAGCUUCCUCUGGAUUCUGUGAAGAUGGAGCCUUGCUAUACUAAAGUCACCCUGCUUCCAGAGCGCCUGCUGGACCUCCAGAGCCGCUUCAGAGUCCCUCACGUUGAUCUGGUGGUCCAGAGGACUCAGAACUACAUGCAAGAGCUCAUGGAGAAUGCUGUGUUCACGUUUGAGCAGUUGCUCUCCCCGUAUCUCCAAGGAGAGGCUUCCAGAACAGCUGUGGCCAUCGAGAAGGUUAAGCUUCGUGUCUUAAAGCAAUACGAUUAUGAUAGCAGCACUAUCCGGAAGAAGAUCUUCCAGGAGGCGUUGAUUCAAAUCACACUGCCCACUGUGCAGAAGGCGCUGGCAUCCACGUGCAAACCAGAGCUUCAGAAAUAUGAGCAGUUCAUCUUCGCAGAUCAUACCAAUAUGAUCCACGUUGAGAACGUCUAUGAAGAGAUUUUGUAUCAGAUCCUCCUCGAUGAGACCCUGAAAGUGAUAACGGAGGCAGCUAUCUUGAAGAAACACAACUUAUUUGAAGACAACAUGGCCUUGCCCAGUGAAAGUGUGUCCAGCCUGACAGAUCUCAAAACCUCCAUGGGGUCAAACCAGGCCAGUCCAGCCAGAAGAGUAUCCGCCAUUCUCCCAGGAACUCCAGAUAAUGAGCCCCCAACUAGUGAAGUAUUCCAGGAGCCAGAGGAAAAGAAGCAGCAGCUUGGGGUGCCUGGUUCACUGGCCAGAGAAGAAAGUACUUCCAUCUCUGGGUCCAGCCCUCCUUCAGGUGGGGAAGAGCAGGUGUCAGUGUCCAGUGUAGAUAACUCUGCUGGGAGCCCUCUCACUGCAGAGAAUAAUACAGCAGGACCCCUCAGCUCACACUUGUCAGAGGUGGAAGUUGGGGAAACCCUUAAAGAUGAGGAACCAACCUGUGAAAUGCCAGAGUCUAGCACCAGCACCGUGCCAGGGUCCUUGAAGGAACUGAAGGAGUUGUUGACUGUGACAGUGUCUGUAGAGUCUGUUCCAGUGAUUGAAAAUGAUAUAUACAAUGGAACACCUGUUCCCCAAGAAAAUCAAAAAGAAGAAGAAAGCAAGAUCCACCCAGAAGCCAGCCAGCCAUCUGCCAGCCAGCAGGACAGCUAUGAAGAAAGUAAAGUCAGAGAAAAGGAGGCUCAUUCUAUGCCUUUGGAAGCUGAAGCUCUUGGGGUGGACUUGGGGACAUUGUCAGAGGGUAGAGGCUCUACCUCUCAGUCCACCAGUGGGGGGCUCACUGAGAACACCAGCUGUCUAGGCCCCAUAGAGGAGCCAUCUGAGGCUCAGGAGCCAGCUGAGAAGGUGUGCUUGGCCAUAGUUUCCCCACAGGACAGCCCCCAGGCAGGAGACGAGGCUGUGCAUUCUGUGACAGUCACACCUCAAGAAGAUGCCAUGUUUAGUUCUAACCCCAUCUGCCCUGUGGAGUGGAAUGAGGUGCCCCAGGUUUCCGAGGAUCAGCAAGUGCUAGGAGGGAAUGAUAGCCCAGCCCUUGCUAUGGAUACAGAGCAAGUUAGUGCUGCCCAUGUGCACGGGUGCCAGUGGGUGGUAGAGGAUGCCCCGAGCACCAACAUCCUAGCCGUACAUGAUGAUGUGAGCUCCCCAGAGCAGCCCUCAGAGGAGUGGUAGAAACAGUUUGCCAGUCAUUUUUCUUUUAAAACUGUCAGUUCAAGGGUCUUAGUUAUGGGUAUCCUUAGGGGGGCUGCAUGUGACUUGCUAUAAAAAUUAUGAACUAUUUCUUUAAUUUGAAUGAUGAAGCCAGAGGAAAUGUACAGAGGACGUGGGCACUGAGCUGACUUUGGGGAGCUGAAGUGCUCCCUAUGAAUGGCCAUUUUAGAGUUUUCAUAGAAUCGGGGUAGGAGAACUGGAGCGUUGUGGUGAAAGGCAGUUAAAGGGGCUCCAGAGGAGGGAGCAGUGUAGAAGCAGGAAAUGACACCUCACUAUUCUCAUCACAGAAACGUGGUACAAAUUUUGAACUGCACUUUAAGGCAUUUUAAGCAAGCGUGCGAAGGACUCCAGCCUCACCGCCCACUCAGUCAGCUUCACUGUCUCUUGACCAUAGCCAGGCCACAGAAAGAGGAAGUCACAAGCCAGGCACCCAUGUCCUGUAAAGUACCCAGAGCCAGUCACUGCUGGUAGCUCUCUGGUGAUGCAGAGCAGAAAUCUGAGGCAGAAGGUCUGUGGAACUAUAUCCACCCAUUCCUAAUCCUGCUAUCAAUUCCUUGUUGGUUAAUUUUUGUUGGCUUUUAUUAAUUGAUCACCUUUUAAGGAAAUUCAAAUGGGGCAAGAGAUUUCAUUGGCAUGAAUUAGCCUUAGGCUGUACAAAGUGCUUGGCUAAAUUUUCUAGCUCAAAACCUACCAAUUACACAGACAUUAUUUGAACAGCUACCGCACGCUCUGUUAGUCACAGUAGUAAAUAAAAGAUCGGGUGCUUUGCUUCAUAUAAAUGAAAAAGGCUCAUGAGAAUUUAUUCAAGAAGAAAAGAGUAUUUAUUCCAAUUUUUAAGUUUUAAACCAUGACAGCUUUUCACUCUUUCCAUUCACAUGGUUCUGGUUUAUUCUCAGAGGGAGGGAAGGAAUUAAUGAAUGAAUGAAAAAAAAGGAAUGAAUUAAACCGUUCAAGUUUACCAAAGACUUUACCAAUGUAGAAAUUGUUUGAUCAUUCAACAGAUUGUUUUCCUAGGUUCCCUAUCAGGCACCAAGCCUAAGGAUACCAUGAUGAAAAGGCCAGCAUCCCUUCUUUCUGAAGGAAACAGAAAGACAUUCACCUCUAAGAUAGAUUGCAACCUGUAACUGUCAGUGUAAGAGACGAAUGCGCUCAGUUGCAGUAAGACACAUCUCAUUGUGUGUCGGGAGGUUUCAGGCCCAAGUAGUAGACUGACACUUCCUUUCACAAACCUUAACAUCAGAUCCUCACACGUUGGCUUCGGGUUGGUUUUACUCCUGGCCAUUAAGCACCUCCUUCAGAGAAGUUAUCCUACACUUAGCAGGAAUUAAGCCAUCUCACUCCCCACCCCUCCCACAAAGACUUUCUGGGACGUAUAAGUCAUAGAGGAUAAGUAACGAUCAUGCCAGCACGGUCUCGUGUUGAGUCAUUUCACUUUUCCUUAGAAUGUUUGCAUCCUAUGUCCAUGAGAUAUCCCACAAUUGAGGAAGGACUAACCCAGUCAUCUCAUGUGAGUGAGGAAGGGAUAGCCCAUCUACUAUGCCCCCUGCUUGCCUUUUUUUACCCAGUCUUUAGCAUGGUGCACCAAAAUCAUGUUUACUUCCACACCCUCCUCCUUCCUUCAAGGAUUGAAACCAGAGAUUAGUCAUCGCUUGCUCUUUCUGCUGGAAACCUACAGCCUUGAAUAAUGGCUUCCUGCUUGCCACAUAACUUUAACAUCCCAGGGCCUAGGAUGAGGACUGACAAGUUUCAUGCUACUCCGGAAAUGUGGGAGCUGAAGACCUGGCACGCUGCUGCGCAGGGGCUAUUUGGGGCUUGCUUUCAGGCAGGGGGAUGCUUCUAACUAAGCUUUCUGACCUUGUUGAAUCUUCCCAUAAAUAAAGUCCAAAGCGGAAGAGGCAGAUAGCCAAAUGGCCAGCAGCAUGCCCAGUAAGGCUGAGAGCCAAGAGAGCAGCGUCUAGCCCCACAGACACUACCCUUCUUUCUCAGCGAGCCACGGCUAUUGUGGAGCCCCUGCUCAUGCCCACCUCACUCCAGAACCUCUCUUCCUGCCUUUGCUCACCUCCUGUACCCCAUGAGAAGCUAAAAAUAAAUGAGAGUUCAUGUCACUGAAUUGGCUGGGUGAGGAUUACUGCCAAUCCAGAAGGCCAGAGAGGAGUAGGCGCUAAGAAGCACAGCGUUCUAGAAAACACGAGGAACACUUCCAUCCAUAUUUCAGACAGCCAAGGUCUCCAAAACAGGCAAGACAGCUGUGACACGGCAGGACAGACAGGAUGGACAAGAACCCUGCAGUGCACUAACAUAGUCUGUGUGUGUGGAAUGUGUACAACAUGUCUUGCUUUUCAUAGGUUUGUGUGUAUUCUAGUGUUUCCAUGGGGGAGCAAGGUGCUUGAGAUCUGAAUGAGCAAUCUCUGCCUUGGGCAAAGCUCUUGCAGACUCCUGGUUCAUGGCCAAAUCUCCAGAACUUAAAACUAGUUAUGUUACUUACUGACCUUUUACAAAGAGAUUUUCCUUGGCACAGUGUAUGAAAUUCUGCAGUAACCCUAACACACACACACAAUUUAAAAGAGCAUUUUCAAGACUACAAAGUCAGAUUCCAGUGUCUUUUUCAAAGAGUGACAAAUUCCAUAUAUCCUCAUUUUUGCCUUUGUAAUACUUCAGAUUCAAGCCUGCGACUUCUGAGGAUUUUAUAGUUUUCCAGACAAAAGUGAUUUUAAUUUGGUUUUUUUUUUUUAAAAAAAAAAAACAUGAGCUGAGGGCAUGGUUUCAGAUACAGUACUUGCCUAGCAGGCUGGAGGUACUAGUUAAACCCCCAAGAGGUGGCUGUGGGGGAGGGGAGGCUACAUGAUGUGUGUGAGAUGUGCUGAAUAGUCAUAUCAAUAUGGCAGAAGGCUUGACAUCAUUGACAUAAGCCAUAAUAUAGUUUCACAAUGUGAGAAUGCCUUCUCUACCAUAAACACACAUGACUAGGGAUUUGCUUUCUGAAGUCUGGGACUUUGGGGAAAAGAAUUCCAAACUAUGGCUUCAUUUUUGUAUUCACUAUACAAAGCAAGUAAACUAAAAACAUGUUGUAACCGUGUAUUUACUCUGCCAAGUGCCUAUAUGCCAAUAAAACUUUCAGCACUGAA